UAGUUAUAUGAUAUUAUUAGCCAGUCAUCGACAAGACACGACCUCAUGAUGUCGCGUUUUUUGUUGCUACUUCUUUUCCUUGGCGCAUCUAACUACGUGUCUGCUAAUGACUUGGAUACUGCUUCCACAGAAACACCUGUUAAAUUACAAUGUCAGCCAAACGAAUAUCAAGAUGAUUGCCCUAGUGACUGCUCUUCAGAUGAAUGUCCGAAAGGACCAGUAGAAUCUCCACCAAGGUAUUCUAAGACACCUACCAAUAAGGAAGAUUGUCCACCACCUAAGUGUAGAUGUAAUGUAAAUCAUCGACGAGCCAAAAACGGAACUUGCAUUGAUAUUAGAAAAUGUCCACCCUUUGACUGUAGCAAGAAACCAAACGAGGAAUAUGUUGCGUGCCCUCUUCCUGUUUGCUCCGAUUCCUGCGCCCGUGCUACUUCUGAUGGCAAGUGUCACAUCUUUGGACGCAUUGGUAUUCUACUUACAUGCAACCCUCAAUGUCGCUGCAUCAAGAAUUAUUGGCGAAAAGAUGGUGUUUGUGUGCCUUAUGCUGAAUGUGACAAGAAAGAAACCGUAAUUAUCGAUUCUCCUGCCGUAGAUACAUCAAAGUCUAAAACUAGUUCCGGCGACGAUAAUAUUGCAUCACCCGAUACUUCAGCUGUUAAAGAAACAGAAUCUGAAACAAAAAGCGAUAGUGAAAAUUCUUCGACAUCGAAUUUGCCUGCGGUGGAAGUAUCAAAACGUGAAACAUCAUCAGAUGAUGAUUCAAAUAAUGCUUCUACUUCGAAUUCAUCUGCAUUUGAAUCAUCCAAACCUGAAACACCAACAAAUGACGGAAAAUUGAAACUGGAAUGUCCUCCCAAUGAGGUUCAAGAUGACUGCCCCCGUGACUGUGAGCCUGAGUACUGUGCCAAGACCAGAGAGGAAGCUCAGCCCAGGUCUUGUGUGACACCAAACCAAGAAAAAUGUCCACCACCUAAAUGCAAGUGUGGAUUUAAUCAACGCCGGCUUGAAAACGGGACUUGUAUCUCUGUAUAUAAAUGUCCUGCUUUCGAAUGCAACGGUCCCUACGAAGAGUACGUAGCAUGCCCAUCAUAUUGUCCUGGUGAAUCUUGUGAGUCUGCUACUAUUGAUGGCAAUUGUUCACCAUUGUUUAUUUCCCUGAUCGUCGUAACAUGCCGACAAUCCUGUCGCUGCAUUAAGAAUUAUUGGCGCAAGGAUGGAGUUUGCGUGCCUUACGCUGAAUGUGGAAAGGGAAACAAAAAGAUGCCUGUAAUUGUUAAACCUAAUGAAGGCAAGAGACUGACUUUCAUACAAACAGAUAAUAAUGACGAAGACACAAGAGACGAACAAAUAAAUUCAGCUUCAUCAUCAAGAACUUCGAAAUCAUCAUCUUCAUACUCUUCUUCAAAAUCAGCCUCAGAAUCUACAUAUUCUGCAUCAUAUAAAUCAUCGGAAGAUAGCAGUUUCUCUGAUGACGCUCCAUGAUUUAGAAUACACCAACAAAAAGCAAGGAGUAUAAUAAAAGUGAUUAAGUUGA